AUGUCUCUUAUUCCAAGCUUCUUUGGUGGCCGGAGAACCAUCUCCGAUCCAUUCGCAAUGGAUAUCUGGGAUCCAUUCAACGACUUCCCCUUCUCAACCUCCCAAUCUAUUCCUCGAAACCAAUUCUCCAAUGAAACAGCUACAUUUGUCAAUGCCCGUAUCGAUUGGAAGGAGACCCCACAAGCCCAUAUCUUCAAAGCUGAUCUUCCUGGGCUUAAGAAGGAAGAAGUGAGAGUCGAGGUUGAAGAAGGCAAAGUCCUCCAGAUUAGUGGAAAGAGGAGCCAAGAGCAGGAAGAGAAGAGUGACCAGUGGCACAAGGUUGAGCGUAUCAGUGGCAAGUUCCUACGCAGGUUUAGGUUGCCUGAGAAUGCCAAGAUAGAUGAGGUGAAGGAUGCCAUGGAGAAUGGUGUGCUCACUGUCACGGUGCCCAAGGAAGAAGUGAAGAAACCAGAGGUCAAAGCCAUUGAAAUCUCUGGCUAG